CAUAAAGCCCUCCUCCAUUACCAUUUUCCAAUAUCGAUUCCAAAUUUCCAAUCUUCAAUUCUGCCUCUUUCUCUCUCCUGAUCUACCACCCCUUUUCCCCUCUUUCAUCUCCAUUAAUGGCGAACAGUAAUCUUCCUCGAAGAAUCAUUAAGGAAACUCAGCGGCUUCUUAGUGAACCAGCUCCUGGAAUUAGCGCUUCUCCCUCUGAAGAGAAUAUGCGGUACUUUAAUGUUAUGGUUUUGGGUCCAUCUCAAUCUCCUUAUGAAGGGGGCGUCUUCAAGUUGGAGUUGUUUCUACCAGAAGAGUACCCAAUGGCACCUCCAAAGGUCCGCUUCUUGACUAAGAUUUAUCAUCCAAACAUUGAUAAGCUUGGAAGGAUAUGCUUAGACAUCCUGAAAGAUAAAUGGAGCCCAGCCCUGCAGAUCCGAACAGUAUUAUUAAGUAUCCAGGCUCUUUUGAGUGCUCCCAACCCAGAUGAUCCCCUUUCAGAGAAUGUUGCAAAGCACUGGAAAAGUAAUGAAGUUGAAGCUGUGGAAACAGCAAAGGAAUGGACGCGUUUAUAUGCAACAGGAGCUUGACAGCAGGCGCUUAUCACACAAAUGCAUUUCCCCAUUGUAACUUAAAACCAAAUUACAAUUACUACUGGUUAUUUCAUGGAAAUGGAAAUUGAAACAUGUUUUGAUGAUUAGUGUGAAAAUCUGAAGGCCUCCAAUUGCUGGUUGUAGAUGAAUCUCAUCAUGAAACUAAUUUAGUCUUGAGUUGUUGUCGAAACCUGUAAUGCUUUUUUCCUUUUAUUUACAUACUUGGGCA